AUGGUCCUGUCCGAUGAAUGGAGGGGUGGCAAAUGGGCGAAGGAAGUGGGUGAGAGGAAAGUAGCAUCUACCUUUCAACAAGAAAGAUUUUGGAGAAACAUUGUUUAUGCUCUCAAGUUGACAGGACCACUUGUUAAAGUUCUUAGGAUUGUUGAUGGGGAUAAGAAACCUGCCAUGGGGUACAUCUAUGAUGCUAUGACAAGGGCUAAGGAAGCCAUUGCAGCUAGUUUUUUGAAUAGAAAAGCUGAGUAUAAAAAAGCCUUUGCAAUCAUUGACAAAAGAUGGGAAUGUCAGCUUCAUAGGCCUUUACAUGCUGCUGGAUUUUUUUUGAAUUCGGAAAUGUAUUAUGACAAUCAAGAGAAAGCAAGUGGUGGACCGAUUAGGCGAUGUUUGAUUGGCUGUAUUGGAAGGUUAGUUGUUGAUCCACAUACUCAAGACAUAAUUAGGAGCCAGUUGGAUUCAUAUGAAGAGGCAAUAGGUGUUUUUGGCAAUCCAAUGGCCAUACGUCAAAGAAAGACGAGAUCACCAGCGGAUUGGUGGGCUAGUUAUGGACGUGAUACCCCGGAGUUGCAAAAGUUUGCCAUUCAGAUUCUUAGUCUCACAUGUUGUGCCACGGGGUGUGAGAGAAAUUGGAGUGUCUUCCAACAACUUCAUACUAAAAGAAGAAACCAAUUGGCACAAAAACAAUUAGAUGACUUGGUGAACACCACUGACCCUAUACUUUUACAAGAAAUUGAUGAUAGUAACGAGUGGGUCAUGGGUGUUAUGGAUGAUGAGAAUGAGGAGACUUCGGAGGUUGUGUUUGAUGAUGAUAGUGGUUUGACAUGGCGUAAUGUUGAGAAGGCUUCGGGGGCAUCUGAACCGAUAUAUGCAACAAGAUCAAGUACACAACAAUCCAAAGAAAAGGAUCCUUCUUCCUCCACCCCUACUCUUAGUGUACCACCACCUAAGAAAGCACCAUCUAAAAGACUACAUGUAUUGAUUGAUGAAGGUAUUCAAGAUGAUGAAGAAAUCGAAGAAGAACUUGGCUUGAGUGAAGAUGAUGGCGAAGAUGUGGUACUUGGAGUUGACGAUGAUCAUGGAGAUAGUGAAGAAGACUACUAG